GUGACACAGCAAGAGAUUGUUGCCUUUUGCGAUGAUUCACCCUCCGUCGAGCAGGUCUCUGAGCGGAUCAAUGAGAUGCUCAAGCAGCGCAUGCUCGAAAUCUCAGCAGGUCAUGACGGGAGCUUGUUGUAUACGGCCAUCGGCCAGCUAGAGUCCAAGAAGCGGAAAGACAUGAAUGGCGACGAGGAAAUGGUCUACCAGUAUAUCAAGGCCUCUGGCAAUGAAGGCAUCUGGCUCAGAAAUCUGAAGCUACGGACAAAUCUGCACACGACGGUGAUUAGCAAGACACUCAAGAAUCUCGAGGCAAAGAGUCUUGUGAAGUGUGUCAAGAGCGUGCAACACCCAACGCGCAAGAUUUACAUGUUGUAUGACUUGGUGCCGUCUAUUGAGAUCUCUGGCGGGCCUUGGUAUACAGACGGCGAACUCGACACGGAGUUUGUCUCCCAUUUGCUAACGACCAUCGAGACGUACCUCCUCAAGCAGACCUUUCCAGAUUCGAGCCAUCCAAGCAAUCUCUCCAUCUCAGGACAUGCUCGCAUCUUUGACCCGCUGGUCGUGCUCUAUCCAAGUGUCUCGGAGAUCAAAGACUACCUACAUCGAUCAGGCGUGGUCAAGGAUAUCGAGCUCGAAGUCGAUCACGUCCGCACGCUUCUCGAUGUUCUUCGCUUUGAUGGCAAGAUCACCCGUACCCCCGAAGGAACAUGGAAAAGUACUCGGACAGUGCAGGGUGAUCCAUACAAGGCUCAUGCGUCCACUGAGAUUCCAUGUGGCCGAUGUCCUGUGUCCAGGCUAUGUACGUCAGGGACACCGAUAUCGCCAGAGACCUGUGUCUACUGGGCCAAGUACCUU